GCAGCUAUCCCUCGGCUGGAGCGCCGUGCUCUGAUCAAAUGGAACAUGGGAGGGCAGCUCAGAGUGCAAGCGUGGCUGCAUCCUUGGUUUUAUUUGCCUAAUUCAACCGACAUUUCAGGAUCUGUCAGGGCACUCGCACAGCAAGACAGCGGGGUAGCUGAAAGACCAGUGGGAGGAGAAGGGCUUACUUUCUUUUCCUUAUUGGGAAAUGAAAAUCCACAAGCUGUGGCGAGAGAAAACAGGAAGCACAGAUAGGCACAUCACCAACGACUGAGUAAAAGCUUGCUGUUUUUUUUAAAUUAACAUUGAAGCGCCUUUCAACUGUACCGUAAAUCCUACCUAUGACUUUACAGCACAGCGGUUAAUCCCAAUUACACCUCUAAAUUCCUAACAAUGUCCCUACCUUGAAUUCUGAACAGCCCAACAGGUUCCUGCACUCACGACUCCCGCAAUACCGUUGUCUAUCUUGCGUGUUUUGACCUUGCUGAGCCGCCAUAGCGGCUGUGCACCAUGAAGGAUGUUGUUGUUUGUGUGGUGUAUGGGGGACCAGUCUUGACAUGGCUGCUGUAUUUUUAGUCAUGUUGUACGAAUACUCCCCGUUGUUUUACAUCACUGUCGUGUCUAUCUGCUUUCUCAUCACCGCCGCGAUGGUUCUCGGCUGGUUUGGUUUUGACGUACCUGUAAUUUUACGAAGUUCGGACGACACUGAGCUGAGUCUGAAAAUCCCUGAGAAGAGAAUGGUACAGGUGAAAAACCCCUUUGCCUUGGAGAUGGUGAGCGGAGCCUCCUCUGUUACAGGAGGAGUCCGACUGAGACCACGCUGUCUGGAGAGCUGUGUCCUCACUUGCUACUGGGGCUGUGCCGUCCAGGGCCUGCAGGAGGCGCUGCAGAGUCACCAGCAUGGUGUACGCAUCAGCACGCCCCAUAAGUUUGAGGAGGCCCUGCACUCAGACUAUCAGCAUCACCAGACCUUCCUCGUUGAACAGGGGGACCCCUCAGAGAGACUGAGCCACCUGCCUGCGGAUUCCGGGAUCAGAGAUUUUGGGUUUCUGCCCCGGGUGCGCUACCCCCUGGUGGCGCUGUUGACCUUAGCGGAGCCUGACGUGAGAGAGCUGUAUGAAAUAGUUGCCAACGUGACUGUGAUCCACAUUACUGAUGAUAAAUACAGGCUGACAUCUAGGAUAUUAUACCAGUACCUGUUGACGGCACCAGGCCAUGUGUUAGACCUUAAGCAACUCUUCAUGUCUGCAGAUGACCAGAGCUGGAGGGGGGUCUCAGAGCCCCCAGAGGAAGAGCAGCAGCAGCGAAAGGAGGAGGAGGAGGAGGAGGAGGAGAGAGAGGAGGAGCCCGAUUUGCAGGAGUCAGGCAGUGGGGAGUCUGGCUGGGACUGUGUGGUGUGUCAGAACGCCCCUGUGAACCGUGUGCUGCUGCCCUGUCGACACACCUGCUUGUGUGACGGCUGUGUGGAAAGGUUCCGACAGUGCCCCAUGUGCCGUGCCUUUGUGUUAGAGUCCUUCGCCCUCUCUCACCACUUCACAACCGACAGGCAAGAGCUGGAGGGCCUGGCAGGAGAAUGAAGACAACCCCCCCCUCCCCCUCCUACUCCCAUUCCAGGAAUUAACAAAGGAACAUUGGGGGGCAAGCUCCCUUCUUCAAUGAAUUAAAGAGUUAAAUAUAUAUGGUAAGAGACACCAUGAAGGUUUUUUAUAGGAUGAAAAAAAACCCUGUCUAGCUUCUCGUUUAAAAAUCGGAAAUGAGCUGGCUCAUCUCAACCUCAGAUAUGAAGGACUUUCAGUGUUGGGAAGGCAAGGGAUACCCUUUCGAAGGUAGAUCUAAUUCUUGAGAUUUCUAGGGACCUCCAGCCCACAAAAAUUCUACACAUUGCGUCCCCACAUCAGUAGGCUCGAUACAGUAUCACUAAUACUUCUUGGUUAGCUUUGAAGAGCGAUGUAAGACCAAGGCACUGGCUACCUUUCUGCAGCCUGCAUGGUGAUAAAAAGAGGCAAUUCCUUUUUUUUUAGCCUGCUUGAGGAGUGUUACUUGGCUUAUAAGUAGAGGCUGGUUUGGGAGCGUUUCAGACAGAAGCUGCUCUGCCUCCACGUUCAUGUCACCCCGGAAGUGAAGUGUCGGAUCAUAUUUAAAUACAUUAUUACUGGUAUAGUGUUUGAUAUAAAGCAGUUCAUUGCAGUAUUAUCAGAAAAAAGAACUGAAUACAGCAUUUCUGUAAUUCAUACAGUACUUUAUAUUUCAUUUAUUUGUUGUUUUUAUAUCGCAUUCACUUUUCGUGACCAGUAUUUUAAAACAUACUAAAUUGUCCAUUUGGUCUCGUCCUCUUUCAACACAUUAAAGAUCCGCUGGCACUCUCUUGACCAGUUCAGCAAUAUGGAGACAGGACAUCCUUGCAAAUGAGCUGUUAGAGUUCUUCUCAGUUACCCCCUUGUUCAUGUUCCACAUGCAGAGCAGCUCAGGCCAUAUUGUUUAAAUGAUGGCUCCUCAGGAUCACAAGAGGGUCCUGCUGAAGUAGUAACGUUUGUCACUCUGGGAGCCUGUUCAUUUACUUCCUAUGAGUCACUGUCUCUGCGCUGCUUGAUCCUUGCUUUGUGACUUGAAUGUCAUAUUGAUAGGCAAGUUUGUUUCAACCCGGUCUUUAUAAAAUAAUAUAUUUAAACAAUUUAAUUUCAUAGUUUAAAGCCUGUUUGAGUGAUGUUUUAUGUGCACAGGAAAGCAGUGAAGAUUCUAAUAAUUCUAAGAACCCAGACUGAUCGUUGACCCCUGCCUUUUUUUUUAUGUGUCUGUUUUAUUAUUAUGAUUGUUUUAUUUGUAUUAAUUUAAUUGUUUGUAGAUGAUUAUGCUUUGUUUUUUUCCGUGUUCAUUUCAAUCAUAGUGUUUAUUUUAUUCUGUACGAUAUAGAAAACCAACUAUCAUGAAGUCAGAGUUUUAUAAAAUAAAUGUGUACAUGUAUAUGUCAGUGGUUCUGGAUGAGAAGUAUUAAGUGCAAAAUGAAUCCGAAAAUCAAACAAUGCAAAGCAGCACAGUCCUGAGAAUUAUGCACAUCCAGGGCAGAGACUGGAUGUUCACACUGUGCUGUAUUUGCAUGUGUGAUCCACUAGAUGGCAAAGGUGAUCAACACAGACUCAGCAGUGUUCUGACAAGCUGUUAAGCAUGCUUCUCAAAAUCAUAUUUUGUGGCCAGAUCCGAUGCAAUGUUUGGCAAGCACUGUCAUACAGUCUUUUUAAAUAUGUUUGCAUUGUGCAGUUGCUGUAUAUAAUCUGUUCACGGUAUACGGGGUGAGCCACAUAAGGAGAUACUUGAUCCAGUCACUGCUGCGUGUUUGCUGGCACGUGCUGAUCAGUUUACCCAGCUGGUCAAUGACAUUUGUAGUGUCGCAAGCCGUUUUACAUACAUUCAGGUUUUGAGCUUUGCUUUCAGGAAACAAAACAUGUAAUUGCCUACGUUGUAUAGCUUUUGACUCGGUAUCAGAUAACGCAUCUCCCUGUGCAGGUAUUACCUGAUCGAUUUCAUGUAAACAGGUAUCUGGCCAGCAACAUCUCACGUACAAAUAGUGAGGAAAAGAAAAACAUUUGAUAUAUAUAUUUACAAAAAGUAUAAAGAUGUGCUCUAGAAAAAAUGUCUGUCGUAUAAGGAUGUUGACUACAGAAAAAGAGACGUUAAAAAACGGACUGAUGUUAAAAAUAAACAAAGCCUUGCUACUUUAUACAUGCAGCAUCAUCUCCCAUUCCAGUGCUGACCACCCUGCUUAGCCAAUCCACACUCGCGGUAGCACCAGUCCACUCUUCCGUUCUCUCACUGCCUCCUGUGCUAGUCGGCACGGAGAGAUGUAAGGGCUCAUUGUGAGCCAGACAAGACAAGCCCUGUGAGACAAUAGCCAGCUAAUUCAUCCCAGCUCUGCUCCACACCAGAACUCGCAGAGAAAAUCACCAAGACAACAAGAAAGAAAAAACGAAAAUGACUUUUUUUUUUAUAUUAUCUGUCAAUUGUAGAACAAUAGUUAUUGUUGCUUCAUUUACUGUAUCUAUAAGUUCCAAAGUAAACCCAUGGGUGACAUGAGCACACGUGGCUUUGGGGUCUGAAGGGUACAGAUCUGAUGUGGCAAGAAAUUUAAAGUGCUGCUGAUUAGCUUGAGUUGUGUUUUUAUUUUCCUGUAUCGGUAUAACUCUUGAAAAGGCGAACGAGUAACAAAUACAGUGAAACGUCUCAAUAGAAUCCCUGCAGUUGUGUCUGAAAUGGGAACACGGAUGCCCUCUACUGGUCGGAAUGUGGUAUUGUAACUCCAGGGAUAUGUGUUUACACAAAAUAAAAAUCGAAAAAAAAAAAACUGGAGUGGAAUGCUGGACAUAUUAAAACGAACAAUAUAAUCAUCGUUCCCCCAUAUGUGUUUAAUUUAUUGUGUUUAAAUAAGAACUAUUUAAAGUGAAACAAUGAUAAUAGUCAACCAACGGUCUAUUUUUCUUUUUUAAAUGUACAGUUUUAUCUCGAAAGCGGGAUUCUGGGUUGGGUACAGACAGUAGUACAGCGCGGAGUGGGGACUCCGUGCCGUUGCUGGUUAAGUUUAGCCGUCUCUCACACACAUACGCUGUUGUUUUGAUUUUGUACACUUUGCUAUGGAAACUCGUUUUUUUUUUUUUUUCUUCUUCCUAACUUCGCUAAUCCCGGUCAGUCCUCUUCACAGGACAGGCAAUGUGAUCUGUCGCUAACUCCGUCCGCUAUUUUUGUGCUUCCUAGUGCUGCCAAGCCCCUGACGUAAUGCUUCGUGUUAAUUAUUAGCAUGUGGGAAGCAAUGCUGAAGCUCUCUCCUCUGGUAAAACAAGAGUACUGAGGGGAGGAAAGUUAGUUAGUCAAGAUGACAAGGCGCACAGACCCGGAGUGGAGGGGCACCGCUCCCCAAAUCCGUGCUCCCUGAAUACUGAUCAGCACCGGCCACGAUGGAGCUUUGCCGCCAG